AUGUUUGAUACACUUGCACCGAGCGACUCAUCGACAAAGCGCCAGCGAACAUCGCGAACAUGUCAUGAUGCCGUCCCUCAGCUGCUGGCAAAGGGCCAAGUUGAAGCAGCCAAAUCCGUUUGCCGCAAAGCUUUGGAGGAGUUUGACUCAGCAGCGAAGCCGAGUAUGGCGGAUGUUUGGUAUUCACUGGGCCUGGUUCAUGACAUUGCCCAUGAGCAUGAAGAGGUGGAGCGCUGCAUGCGCAAGGCUUUGAGCUAUCAUGAGAGACCAGAGAUUUGGCCCUAUUUGGCGGACUAUGCCACUCGAAUUGGUGAUUUUGAUGCAGCUUUCUUGUGCUUCGAACGCAUGCAGCAGUUGGUUCCGACAGGGCUGCUAGGAAUCCAGGCAGCUUCAGAUGCAAAGCUCUUGGCCCGAACACUGCGCUGUUCAUUGGUGAAGCGCAGUUGUUGGUUGGACGUUGCAGAAGAGCUUUCGGGUGCUCGGGCAUUGGAGGAGAGAUCACAUACACAUGCUUGGCGUGUCCAAGAUUCUCAGUGGCAAUGGCGUGGCGAAGGGAGAAGCAGACAGGAACCCUGUCAAAGGUCAAACCCAGAGGAGGAACAAGUCAGCACUGAAUCCGAGAAAAAGGAAGAGUCCUUGAAUAGGACAUUCAGCUCAAGUGUGACCUGUCAAGUUUGGGACAACGUGUUUGGUCCUGAACUUCUACUGGCAUUGCAGAAAUCGGUUGAUGACUUUGCUGUUUGGAGGGCAAAAAGCCCUCAGCGGCUCUUGGGAUUUUGGUUACCAACAAAUGCAGAACCACAAACAGCACCUGAAGUUGCUGGAAGGAAGUUGCAAGAUUUGUUGGGCCGCAAUGAUUUGGACAUUGAAUGGUGGUGUCGCACGCAAGUGCCCAGCCUGGGGGCCCAUUUCCAUUAUGAUACCCAUCCGUUUUUGGAUGAAGCUCAUGGGCAUUUGCGCCCCGAGUUUUCGUCCGUGCUUUUUCUGAGUGACGUUGGAGGUCCAACAGUGGUUCUGAAUCAGCAAGCACGAGGUAGUGGUAGCAUUGGUAGCCACGUGCCUGAAGUACCGCACCAUGGGUCUGCGGUUGCAAGUCGAAGCAACAGAUGGUUUGCCUUUCCGGGGACUUUGCGACAUGGAGCUGUAUCUCUGACAAAUUCCAGAGAUGAAGUGCGAAGCGGUGCAAAAAGGACCGUUAUUCUGUACAAUUUUUGGCCAAAAAACACUCCAAAGACGGCUGAGUGUGUUCAACCGGAUUUUUCAGAUUACCUGCCUUUCUGUGCAUGGGCCCCAACUGCUCGUCAUAUCCUUUGUGACUGUUGUUUGAAGCAGCUCCAACGAGAACCCAUGAAUGCAGAGAAGAUGGCGUCAGUGGAUCUCACCAAACCAUCAGAAAUGGAUCAUUCUGUGCCCAUGGAGGGUGCCCUUGGCUUUUUGCCAAUGCCAUGCUCAGAUGUUUUCAAGACUGACCGUGGCUUUGUGAAUUUGCACUGGCGAACAGCGGCAAAGUUGCCCUCGGAUUGGAGUGCCCUGCAGUUGCAGAUGCUUUUCACUCCAUAUGGAGGAGUGCAGGCCAUGCAGUUUGCUGAUGAGGGUGAGCGGAUCCUGCGAGUGCGGCUGGAAGACUUGGCGCAGCAUUCUGUGGCAGCUGCGCACUUUCAGCAGUCCCCGAGCAAUGGCAUCGUGCUCCAAUGCGAGCAUUUUCUGGGACCCAAGGAACAGGAGCUCUUGGCAGCAGCUGCAGAGGCAAUUGCUUGCAGCAAAACGCCAGCCGAGCGGCGAAGGAAGGAGGAAGAAGCAGAGCGCCAGCGGCAGCGACUGGCCGCCAUUGAAGAGGCUGAACAGCAACGGCAGGCAGCCAUAUUGGCCGUGCGGCGCAGUCUAUGGGAAGCUGCCAAUGCUGAUUUUGCUGCUGCAGUUCUCAUCGAGGUUGAAAAAGACGUGGAACGCGGCAAACGCUUACAGGCUGCUGCAGAAUCACUACGGGACCCUACCCUAAGCAAACAAAGAAGACGGAUGAUGUUGGCAUUAGUGGAGGCAGAGCGCAAGAGACAUGGACCGAUGAUUCCCCGUAUGGAACGACAGGCCAUGGCUGCUGCAGAUGCUGAUUCCGAUGCCUGGCAGCAAUACGUCAUCCAAGCGGAGCGCCAGUACUUGAAGCUCAUCAAGGAGGCUGAAGAGAUGGAGACACGGGCCAUGGCGCGAGCUGAAAAGGAGACCCGACGAGCUGAGCAGGCUCGUUUGGAUUUCGAGCGUCGUCGGCGCCAUCGUGAAGAGAAGAUGCGCGACGCUGAACGCGGCGCCAUGAAACGGGCCGACGAGGAGAGCCGCUUCGUCGAAGCUGCAAUUGCGUUGGCCGAAGAACGUGCUCGUGAGGAGUUUGAGUCCCUUGGGCUGCACCGCAUUUGA